GAGUUAUCCCGCUCUAUGUUGCUCGGACUCUUCGAAAAUAUCGCCGGGUACGUGCCGGAUCAUUCUGGUUAAACCGGGCAUUCCUCAGAGCAAGGAAAGAUCUUUCAAAAAUAGAAUCAAGAGAAAGCGCUAGAACCGAUGAUCACAGCAAACCAAGGAUUUUAUAUCUUAGGUUUGUAUUAUGCAUCCCCAACCUUUGCUUCAGCAAUGCAAAACUCAGUUCCUGCUAUUACUUUUAUUAUGGCUUCUAUUCUAAGGCUAGAAAGAGUACAUUUUAUGAGGAGAGAUGGCAUGGCAAAAGUUCUGGGAACCAUAGCAAGUGUUGGAGGUGCCACUAUUAUUACCCUUUACAAAGGCCCUCCACUAUUAGGAGGAAGCAAUUCUUCUGAAGAAGAUAUGGUUGCUUCUCAUGAGAAAAUGUUGAAUUGGACAUGGGGUUGUGUUUAUUUGCUUGGUCAUUGUUUAUCAUGGGCUGGUUGGAUGGUGCUUCAGGCUCCUAUUGUGAAGCAGUACCCAGCCAAGCUAUCACUUACCUCAUUUACUUGCUUCUUUGGAUUAAUUCAAUUCUCAGUUAUAGCAGCUUUUACAGAAAGGGAUCCAACACGUUGGAAGAUCCAUUCAGGAGAGGAGGUUUAUCUGAUUUUAUAUGCUGGUAUUGUCUCUUCUGGAAUAGUAUUAUCUCUUCAGACUUGGUGCAUUCAGAAAGGAGGACCAGUGUAUGUUGCCACCUUCCAGCCUGUGCAAACUGUAUUAGUUGCUGUCAUGGCUUUUGUAGUUCUUGGUGAUCAGUUGUACUCAGGAGGGAUACUUGGCGGACUUCUGAUUGUGGUUGGACUUUACCUAGUGUUAUGGGGUAAAAAUGAAGAGAAAAGAAUUGUCAGCCGACAAACUGAAGAGGCAACAUUGACAAAACAUCUUCUUGCUUCCAGCAGCAAGGAGGAAUCCUCGGUUGGAGCUGAUGUUUGCUAACAAAAUAUGUCAAAUACAGUUCACAUAUACUUUUUUCAUUGAAAUAUUAUUUCUUAUUUUAUGGUUUCUUUCUAAAAUUAAAGCUGCAAGGUCAAUCAAACCUGGCAUGGACACUGCAGCAAGAACAUUGGACAGAAACCAAAUUUAGUUGAAGUUUAGAUUACGAGCCAUGAGUACUGAAUUGGUCGUUUGGCAGCUUAAAAGCUUUUGACAAAGUGGAGUACUUGUUGGAACUAUUGCUCUUUCAAAUUAUUUGUACAACUAUACUUUCAUGUAAACCUUGGAGAAGGAAACAGUUAAUUGGUGAACUACUGACUUGGGAAGCA